AGCGCACUAGCGACGUUCAUGAUUCAGCCGUGUAUUGAGGUGAUUAUUGAACAUGUGUGCAUCACUGAAUGGUCACCAUUACUGACCAGCUCGUUACUCAGCUCAACCUCAAUCUCACUGUAAGAGACCUAAUCAGCGUUUUCAUUAUCCAAUUCUUCCUUGGAUUGAAACAUUUGCUAGCAGAGAGAGAGAGAGGGAUGGGUCACGAACACUCCAAACUGUCAGAACCAAAGGGAUCGCGUCGUGCUCGCUUCAAAGAGCGUUUGCGUCGUCACCUUCACCGCCGUCAAAGCGGCAACGGCUCUUCCGCGAACAAGCCACUAACUGCCGAUAGCUUCGCCGGAAUCGCUCUCCUCGCUCUCCUUAGCGCGGAGAUGGAGUUCAAAGAUAAAUGGAUUGCGUGCGUUUCUCUCGGAGAACAGACUUUUCGUACGAACACCUCUGAUAGACAAACCAGUUUGGAACUCAGAAAAGAAACUUCUUUUGGAACAGAAUGGGGCUCAUGUUGCAAGAGUUUCCGUCUUCGAGACGAACAAACUGUCCAGCAAUACUCUUGUUGGAUACUGCGAGCAAUAUUCAUUGUUGUGAACGAUAUGAUCAUGCAGGAUUCUGAUUCUGAGGCUGAGGUAUUUAACCUUUUAGAUCCGUCAGUUCCUGGAAAAGUGGUUGGCAAGAUUUCCAUUUCAUGCUCUGUAGAGGAUCCAAUUGAAACGGAGAAAGGCUUUGUUAAACGCAUUCUAUCUAUAGUGGACUACAAUGAAGAUGGAAUGCUUUCACUUUCUGAAUUUUCUGAUCUAAUUGAUGCUUUUGGCAAUGAAGUUGCAAACAGCAAGAAAGAAGAGCUCUUCAAAGCAGCAGACAAGAAUGGAGAUGGUGUUGUGAGCAUGGAAGAGUUGGCUUCACUUCUUACUUUUCAUCAAGAACAGUAA